CAUGGUACCGAGAAGAAGAAGAAGAAGUCAUCCUUAUGUGUAGUUUUUUCCAGAUAAUCGUCUUUAUUAGCUAUAGCUUUACAAACAUAGCUUGAGUAUCAGAAGCUUGAGACAGGCUUUUGAUUUCCGCUGAUCACCUAUGUGGCAAUUAUCGUCAGAUUUAGAGAUGAUGCCUGGUCUUAAGCAAACCACGUUUUGAGCGCAUAACUAAAUUAAGCAAUCAUUGUCGCCAUGGAUGAUGCAAGACACAGACAAAUAAAAGUGCUGGAUUGGAAGUUGGACUACUCUGCACCACACCGUUGCCAAGUAAAGACACAGAUAAUAAGUGUUGGAUUGGAAGUGGAACUACUCUGCACCACACCUUAUCCGGAAUUUCACUCACAGGCACCGAGAUAUGAAGAUGAAAAGGGCGAUGCAAUGGUAGUAAUGGAAAAUCACUUCUGAACUCUUGUGGGGGCAACUUUGCCUGCUUGUCAAGUUGAGUGUCUUUUCCAGAAGGAUGUCUGAACCUGAAAGAGAGAUGGGUGUGGACACCCUUGCGGAUGAGCCCCUCCACCUCCAUCCCAUUCAGCCAUAGUAGCCAUAUCCUGAUUCCUGGCACCAAGAUGGAUGCUUUGGCACAAAUGCACUUCACCACUAUCGACUAUGUCAUAUUUGCCCUUUUGUUGGCGUCGUCCAUGGGCAUAGGGCUGUACUAUGCCCUGUCAGGGGGUCGGCAACGCACCACUCAGGAGUUCCUGCUGGCGGACCGGAGCAUGAGCUGCCUCCCUGUGUCUCUGUCACUAAUUGCUACAUUUCAAUCAGCGGUGGCUAUAGUGGGCGUGCCAGCGGAGAUCUAUACCCAUGGCACUCAGUACUGGUUCAUAGGCUGUGCUUACAUUCUGGGGCUAUUCAUUCCAGCACACAUUUUCAUUCCUGUGUUCUACAGGCUGCAUCUUACCAGCGCUUACCAGUAUCUGGAACUGCGGUUCAGCAAACCAGUGCGUAUCUGUGGAACAGUUACCUUCAUCUUUCAGACGGUCAUAUAUAUGGCUGUUUGUGUGUACACUCCAGCCCUAGCACUCAAUGCAGUUACUGGCUUUGAUUUAUGGGGAGCAGUGCUGGCCACUGGCUUGGUGUGUACACUGUAUACUACUCUGGGAGGCCUGAAGGCAGUGAUCUGGACAGAUGUCUUCCAGACCAUAGUGAUGUUUGCUGGCCAGCUAGCGGUCAUCGUGGUGGGGGUCCAGCAGACUGGGGUGGCAGAGGUCUGGAGGAAGGUCUCAGAGGGUAACCGCAUCUCCGGCAUAGACCUGAACCCUGACCCUACGGUGGAGUACACGUUCUGGACCUUGGGGGUGGGGGGGGUCUUCCUGAUGUUGUCUCUGUACGGAGUCAACCAGGCCCAGGUCCAGAGAUACCUCAGCGCCAAGACCGAGAGGGACGCCGUCAUGUCUUGCUACAUGGUGUUUCCCUCUCUACAGUUAGCUCUAGCUCUGAGCUGUGUCAUGGGGCUUGUCAUGUUUGCACGCUACUGUGGGGAGGACCAUUUCCACAAUCUAGGUGUCUUAUCAAAAAAUGAGAUGGUGUUGUACUUUGUGAUGGACAUGCUGCAGGGUCUACCUGGCCUGUCUGGACUGUUUAUCUCCUGCCUGUUUAGUGCAGCUCUCAGCACCAUCUCAUCAGCCUUUAACUCUCUGGCCACAGUGACCAUGGAGGAUCUGAUCAAACCACACUGCCCCUCCAUGACAGAGGCCAGGGCCACCCUGCUCUCCAAGGGACUGGCAUGUUCAUAUGGACUGCUGUGUCUGGCCAUGGCCUAUCUCACCCACUUGAUGAGUGAUUCCGUUUUGCAGACUGCUUUCAAAAUAUUUGGAAUGGUUGGUGGUCCUCUUCUGGGCGUCUUCUCUCUCGGGUUGUUCUUUCCUUGGGCUAACUCUACCGGUGCCCUGGUAGGGUUGUGGUCAGGCCUGGCGAUGGCCUUCUGGGUGGGCAUCGGGAGCAUCGUAACCAGUACCUCUGGGGGUCUUGCUGCUGUGUCUCAGUUCAACUGUACUGCUGUACAACUCUCAGGGAACAUCACCACAGCCAUGGGGACAGCACUCAUCAGUACUGCAAUGCCCACCGCUACACACAGCCGACCAAUGGGUCUGCAGAGGUUCUACUCCUUGUCCUUCAUGUGGUACAGUGCUCUCAACUCCUUCACUGUGGUGAUCACAGGGUUGGUUGUUAGCUUUCUCACAGGACCAAUGAAAGCGGAGGAGGUGACCCCAGGCACUCUGUAUCCCCUGUUGGGCAACAUGCUGUUCUUCGUACCAGAUAAACUCAAACAGAAGCUGUGCUGCGUCACCCCACUGGGGCAUGGGCCAACCAUCCAGGAAUGUCCACCUCAACACGAGAGAAAUGGUCAGGCCGUCUACACAGAGGAGGGCUUGGUAGAAGAGGAGGAGAGGCAAAGCUUUCUUCUUACCUCCCACACAUCUGUUGUGGAACAUGAGACAGCUCUGUGAUGGACAGACUCUUCCACUACCACGUUAUAUCAUGGUCCUCUGGGUAAUGUAUCAUGUCAGUGUUUUUCACAGAGGUUCUUUUCUGAGAGGAGAAGUGUUGUUGGGAGGUAUUUUGCUCCAGAUUAAGCAAGGCACUACUAUGGCUGACCCUGUAAAACACAUUUCACUGCACCUAUCCGGUGUAUGAAUAUAAAACAUUUCUGUAAUCCAAAUGACUGUGGAUUAAAAAUGCACUGAUACUGUACAUGUCUAGUGUGCAUGACGCCUGAACAAGACCAAAGUAUUACUGAAAUCAACGAUAAACCCAAGGCCACGUUAAUGUAUACUUCCGGAGACAAUCAAAUUUGAAUGGACCAUUUGUUUUGCUGCAAGGUAUAAAACAAAGACAUAUCAAGGGGCAUAACUCCUGAGGAAACACAGAACUACUUACUGCUGGUUAUCGCUGUGCGCCAGUCAAUGAGAAAAUAGCUUUCUGUUAUUUGUGGAACUGAGUACUUGUUCUUUCAAUAAUGUGUUCCAGUGGGAGACUUUGUCAUGUUGGCCUGGUGUGUCUAAGUAGGUAUGGCAACAAAAUAUGUUCAAACGAUACUUGAGACAUUUUCAUUGUUUUUCGAAAAUGAGAAAAUAAACAUUUUUCAUAGUA